AUGUUCCUGGGCCUUGGUUGGCUCGUUUUUCUGACAUUUGGUAUUGUUGGUCUAUAUGGUCCAAUCGUCCGCUAUGGCCCGAAUCGAUACAGUAUCAAUGAUCCCCAUGCAGCCAAGACUAUCUACGGCCUGGGGGCCCAGUUUGCAAAGUCCUCCUGGUAUAGCACCUGGGGGCCGCCAGGUCGAUGGACGAUUUUUGCAGACCAGAACGUCCAUCGCCAUGCGCAAAAUCGGAGAAUGUACCAGAACACUUACAGCAUGAGCUCUUUAAUAUCCUACGAGCCGUAUGUGGACGAAUGUACCGAUCUGUUUAGCGACCGAUUGCGCGAGUUAUCUCAGGCGGGCCAAUCUGUCGACAUGGGAAGGUGGUUUCAGAACUACGCAUUUGACGUGAUUGGUCUGAUAACAUAUUCUCGACGGUUAGGCUUCUUGGACCAAGGAGAAGAUAUCGGGGGUGUGAUAUCUGCCCUUGAGAACCACCUGACUUACGCCACGUUGGUGGGCAUAUUCCCGUGGCUCCAUCCCAUAUGUCACUUCGUGCAGAACCGACUACUUGGCGGUGAGAGAGGCAAAGGUCGGGAGUACGUUUUGAAGUUUACCCUCGAGCAGAUGGCUGCGUUCAAGGCGGCUCCGAAGUCCAUGCCAAGCAACGUCGAAAUCGAGCAGUCAGAAACAGUGGUAGAAUCUUUUCUAUCCAAAUUCCAGUCUAAGCAUUCAUCGGAGCCAGGUUCAUUCACGCAGUACCACAUACAGGUGGGUUGUGCCGCCAACAUGGUAGCGGGUUCAGAUACGACAGCCAUCAGUCUGACUGCCAUUCUGUACUACCUACUCAGCCAUCCAGCCAGCUUGGAAAAGUUGCGAAAGGAAGUCGAUUCUUCCUUUCAAGACGGGAAGCUGUCUACGAAACCCACGUUCAAGGAAAGCCAAAGCAUGCCUUAUCUCCAAGCAGUCAUUAAGGAGGCUUUGCGAAUGCAUCCAGCGACAGGGCUACCACUCGAGAGAGUUGUGCCACCAGGUGGUGCAACGAUAGCUGGACGUUUCUUUCCCGAAGGAACCGUGGUAGGAAUCAACAGCUGGGUAGAGCACAGGAACACGCACAUUUUUGGGCCAGACGCAGGAACUUUUCGACCUGAAAGGUGGCUCGAUGCGGACUCUGACCAACUUUCGCUGAUGAAUCGCCAUUGGAUGCCAUUCGGGCUUGGCUCCAGAACAUGCAUUGGCCGGCACAUAUCAAUGCUGGAAAUCACAAAACUGGUUCCACGGAUUCUGCGCGAUUUCGAUUUCGCAAUCGUGGAGCCCAUAGACAGCAGUAAGGGCAUAUUUAAUACUCACAAUAUGUGGUUUGUGAAGCCAUCCGAUUUCCAGGUUCGACUUGGUCUACGUGCCCAAAGCAGUCAGUAG